AUGGGUAUCAAAGGGAUAUACGCCGAGCUCGGCCCCGGCGAGCGUGUCUCCCUAGCCAAACUCGCCGCCGAAACGCUCGAGGAGACAGGAAGGCCACUGCGCAUAGCAAUUGACGUAUCCAUCUGGCAAUUCCAAAUCCAAGCCGCCAGGGGUGGCACCAACCCUGCAAUACGAACUCUAUUCUACCGCCUAGCGCGUCUGCUAAGCCACUCCAUCGAGCCCAUUUUCGUCUUCGACGGCCCCAGAAAGCCGGUCUUCAAGCGAAACAAGCGCUCCUUCUCCGCCCCAGGCGACAGGACCUCAUCAGCACUGGUGCGCCGUCUCAUCAAGCUCUUCGGCUUCCAGACCCAUGACGCGCCGGGCGAGGCUGAAGCCGAAUGCGCGCUCCUGCAGCGCCACGGCAUCGUCGACGCCGUGUUGAGCGAGGACGUCGACACCAUCAUGUUCGGGUGCACUAGGACGCUGAGGAACUGGACGGCGGAGGGGACGAAGGGGGGCAAGACCCCGACCCACGUGUCCAUGUACAGCGUCGACGCCGAGGAUUUCCUCAAGUCCGGGCUCGAUCGCGAGGGGAUGGUGUUGGUGGCCCUCAUGAGCGGUGGCGAUUACCUCCCCGAGGGCGUACCCGGAUGUGGACCCAAGGUCGCUUGCGCGGCGGCUAGGGCCGGGUUCGGAAGGUCGUUGUGUGCGCUGAAAAGGUCGGAUGAGGCGGGUUUGCGAGAGUGGAGGGAAAAGCUGAUUCGGGAGCUGAGGACGAAUGAGAGCGGGUACUUUAGGACGAGGCAUAAGGCAUUGACGAUCCCGGAGGAUUUUCCGAAUUUGGAGAUUCUGCGGUAUUACACCCACCCCGUCGUCUCGGACCCCGCGACGCUCGAGAAAUUCAAGGACGACGGACGAUCGUGGAGCCAACCUGUCGACAUGGUUACCUUGCGGAGCUUCACCGAAGAAAUCUUCGACUGGACGAAUCGGAUAGGCGCCGAGAAGCUCGUGCGGGUUCUGGCUCCGAGCCUCCUUGUCCAGAAGCUCAUGGAUAGGUACCGCAGCCGCGCGACGGAUUGUUCCUUGGAGGUCGCCGAGCAGGAGGAGUCGGCGCUGAUACAAAAGAUCUCUGGGAGGCGCGCGCACUUUAGCACGGACGGCACGCAGGAGCUUCGCGUGCACUUUAUACCGGCGGAUAUCGCGGGGCUGGACCUCGACGCUGAGCCGGAGGAUGCAAUCGUGGCUUUUGCUAGGAAUGGUUUGGCGCUUAAUAGUGAUGAUGAGUUUGGUGAAGAGGAGGCUGCUGUCAAUGCGCCGAAGAAGAGGUUCGAUCCGACGCAGUUGGAUGCUAUGUGGAUACCGGAGUCUGUGGUUAAGCUCGGCAGUCCCCUUAAAGCGGAGGACUUCGAAGCUGCAGAACGCAAGAAACUCUUGCGGAAGAAGGUGUCUAAGCCCAAGACCGUCGCCAGCUCGCCCAAAGGCACUACAAUCGCUUCGCCUAAGCGUGCGCCUGCUGCCAAGACGUUAGACAGCUGGAUCAAACCGACCAAAGCAUCAUCAUCACGCACCUCUCCUAAGCCAACAACAACCUCGACACAGGCUCCUCCUACCCUCAAAGAACCAACGCCGGAGCUCUCCAAACCCUCACGCGCCCGAGCAAAGCCCAAAUCUACCACCGCAGCCAAGGCAACAGCCAAAGCCACCCGGCGCAAAUCCCCUCCCGCCGCGCCUCCCUCCGUCCCGAAAAGUAAGCACACGAAACCACUCGAACCCAUUACCAUUUCCUCCUCUUCCACUUCCUCCCAGAAGCAAACCAAAACCGCGUGGACCCUCACCAACUCACAAACCUCUGGCCCCAGGACCAAAAAGCACCCCACCCCGGACUUCAACCUCUCCGCAUCUCCUCCCGCCGCUCCCACAUCCUCCCAAGAACCCAUCCUCAUCUCAUCCAGUCCCAUCCCCGGCCGCCCGGAAACCCCUCCCCCAACCCACCGCAACGCAGCAGAUAAAGAAGACGAAGCUCGAGCCGAAACAACUCCCUCCCGAAGAACAGGCACUCGUGACGACAAGGCGUCGCCCGAGGGUGCGCCGUUCGGUGGUCUCUACACACCGCCGCGCUUACGGCUCCCUUCUGAGCCUCUUGACACGCCGCCGUGGUUGAAGUCUACGGGGUCGAGGAAGGGUGGAGGGAAGGAGACUAGGCAGGGGACGCUGGAUGGGUUUUUGUCGAGUCCGAGUAAAGUGCGGGAUGGGUCUUCGGUAGACAAGUCGCCGGAGAAGAAGAAGACGAAGAAAGGGACGCCGAUGAAGACGGCGUCGGACGCAAAGAUUAAAAAGACGACGGCAUCUUCUACGGGCGGACAGCAGAGGAUUUUGUUCCCUACGUCCAAGGCGGGGAAUCUCCGUCCGGCGAAGGUGGGCACAUCCCACGUCGGAGCCUCAAAGGUGGGCGUGCCAUCUUUGGCGGCUCGGCAUAUUUUUGAUGACGAUGACUAUGAUGUUGAGAGGGAGAAGAGGCGCCAGAGUACCGUAUCGGUGAUCGACUUGACGGGAGAUGAUUAG